UAUUCGGAUUCCCAGACCCUAUGGCCGACCGCAGUGCUUCCUAUGUGUUAAUGAUGGAGCAAAAACCAGGUGUGAUUUUGUCAGCUAAACAAAAUGCAUCUAUGCGUCAACGAAGCAAAUGGCUGAUUGCAUUGGUUGUUUUCUUGGGGAUGUUAGCUGUCACCCUGGUCAUAUUGCAGUUCUGUAUCAAAGGAUCGAGCUCAAUCACGACAAAAGAUUCAAAUGCGAUCUCGCCCUACACGGGCGAUUGUACAAUCACGUUAGUGGAGAGCAUACCCGAAGGUGUUAAGUUUCCUGCUGGGUCCGUUCACAACCCUAGCAUUUACAAUGGUUGGAUGAAUCUUUUGAAGUCAGCAGAGGAGCAGAUCGACAUAGCAUCGUUUUACUGGACACUACAAGGAAGUGAUACCAAUACUUCUGACCCCAGUACACAGGAGGGAGAGAAUGUGUUUGAGGAAAUACAGGCCGCUGCAAAGAGAGGUGUCAAAAUCCGCAUUGUGCAGUCACCUCGAACUGACACAUUCCCAAGCUUGGACACAGUUUAUCUUUCCCAGAAAGGAUUGGCUGAUGUGCGCUGUUUGAACAUAACACGCUUAGUGGGCAGUGGUAUUCUACAUACAAAGAUGUGGCUUGUUGAUAGAAAACAUUUUUAUGUUGGCAGUGCAAAUCAAGACUGGAGAGCACUUACACAGGUGCAAGAGCUUGGCCUAAUGUCCUACAACUGCAGCUGUUUGGCAAAUGACAUGAGCAAGAUAUUUGAGGUGUACUGGGACCUAGCAAAGCCAAACUCUCAGAUCCCAGAUCCCUGGCCUGAUAAGUACAAAACAGGCAUUAAUGCAGAUUCUCCUGCACAAAUCAAAAUCAAUGGAUCGAACUCAGCUUCAAUUUAUUUGACGUCAUCUCCACCAAAAUUGUCUCCUCCUGGCCGCCAAGAUGAUCUGGCAGCCAUCUUACGAGUCAUCAACAGUGCAACAAAGUUUGUCUAUAUUUCUGUUAUGGAUUACUUUCCAACAACUCUCUACACAGAUCAAAGAACGUACUGGCCAGUUAUAGAUGAUGCUUUGAGAAAAGCAGCAUUUGAUCGUAAAGUGCAUGUGCGAUUGCUAGCCAGUUUGUGGAAUCACACUCGUUCUGAUAUGAAGUACUACCUUCGAUCUCUUGCUGCACUGAACAGAGCUAAUUAUGCUUCAGUUGAAGUGAGAUUAUACACUGUGUCUCCAUACACGAAGGAAAUUGUCUUCACUCGUGUCAAUCACAACAAGUUUAUGGUAACCGAGAGCGUAGCUUACGUCGGCACAUCUAACUGGUCAGCAGAUUACUUCUUGUACACUGGUGGUAUUGCCUACGUCAUAAAUGAAACAGAAACUGGUGACACAGUGCGCGCGCAGUUACAAGCCGUGUUCGAGAGAAACUGGUACUCAAACUUUACUACGCCAGUUUACUGUCAGUAUUGAAUACGAUAGCAAUAGACUACGAGUAGUCCCUCUUUCGCUUAGUGCGUCGUGCGAGACCGUAAAUAAACCGCAAGGGAAAAAUGGCCGCGUGAAAUCCUAGGGGCGAGACGCGAUUUCGGGCGGCCAUUUUAUUUUCUCACGGUUUUUCUUUCGCGUCACGCACGACGGACUAAUCAAAAGAGGGACUACUCGUAGUCUACGAUAGCAACAUCUACAUAACAAAGUUUUAUUAGACAAAUAGCUUUUGUAUGACCUGAAAUAACUGUUUUCCUGAAAAGUCGCGUUUUGGUGUAUCCGCCAGUAAUUUGAGAUGAGCUAACAAGCUUUACGCAUAUCAGCGAUAUUUUGUUGCUAAAAUGUGAGAGUUCGUCUCCGUCUGUUGAACCACUCGUAUUGUUCACUUCUACUGUGUUUGUUGUUUUUCUUUUCGUGUUCACGCGUGCGUUUUGCAAGGUCGUACGAAAAUCACAUUAUUUGAAAUAGUGACUUUAUUUGAAAUAGUGACAUUAUCCCAGAGGUAAUGGACCGGUAUUUGACCGUCUUUGAAGUAGUUUUCUCAGAUAACUUUUUGUAUAACAUAUUCAGUAUUUUGUGGCAAUCAGUUAGGUCUAAAUAAUUUUGUAAAUUCAUUAGAAAUUGGAAUUACCACAAGAGUAUUGUAAUUUUAUCACGAUUUCUUGGUGGAACUUAGAAGAAAUUAAAGUUUAGUGAAACUGAG